AUGUCAGGAAGCUCGUAUUUGAAACUCUCAGACGGAACAAACUUAUUUUACAAAGACUGGGGAACCGGUGAUCCCAUUGUGUUCUCCCAUGGCUGGCCUUUAUCGUCUGACGCUUUCGAAGACCAGAUGUUCUAUCUAGCUCUGAAGGGCUACAGAGUAAUUGCUCACGACAGAAGAGGCCAUGGAAGAUCGUCACAGCCUUGGCUGGGUCACAAUAUGGACCAGUACGCUGACGACUUGGUUGAGCUUGUCAACCACUUGGGCUUGAAGAACGCUGUUCAUGUGGGACACUCCACUGGCGGUGGGGAGGUUGCAAGGUACCUUGCUCGUCACGGCACUAAGAACGCUCGUAAAGCAGUCCUCAUUGGUGCUGUUCCACCUCUCAUGAUAAAGACCGAUUUCAACCCUGACGGUGUUCCCAAGGAUGCUCUUGACGAUAUCAGGAACAACGUGUUGAAGGACAGAUCGCAGUUUUUCCAAGACUUGCCUACUUUGUUCUAUGGUUUCAACCAUGACGAGUCGAAGAAGUCGCAGGGUUUGAUUGACGGCUUCUGGUAUCAGGGAAUGCAGGCUUCCAUCAAGGCUCUUCACGAUUGCGUGGCUGCCUUCUCUGAAACUGAUCAGAGAGAAGAUUUGAAAGGAAUUGACAUUCCAACAUUGGUCCUCUACGGUGAUGACGAUCAAAUCGUGCCUCCAAAGACCUCUAGUGAAGCUGCACUCAAAUUGUUGCCCAAGGGCGAAAAGAAGGUCUACGAGGGCGGUUCCCAUGGUAUUUGCAGCACUCACAAGGACCAGGUGAACAAAGACCUUUACGAGUUUAUCAGUAAGUGA